AUGGUAUCCAUCACCAUCCUGGCACUUGUCCUUAUAUCGCAUGACACAUCGUCAAUACCUUCGCUUCUGGCAGCGGAUCCAAGGAAUGCACUCGUAGUGGCUAAAUUCGCUCCUUUGAUUCUAUAUUUCGUAUCUACAAGCGGCAUAGAUUCGUCGUUGAUGUCAGUAGUUGUGGUUUACAUCUCAUCAGCAAUCGCUUGUACAGGAAUGAUCAUCAGAACUGUUAUCCUAAUCCGAUCAAAAAAAAGCGAAUUUUCUCUGAAAACGUAUCGCCUACAUCUCAAUAUGGCCAUUCUUGGGAACCGUUCUGAUCAUCCCGGUUUCGCUGACUGCCAUUUCAUCAUGCACCCUGUAUUUGGUGAUAAUUCGUCCCUAUCGCCAAAGAGCUAA